AUGAAACUUGGAAAAUUUUUACUUGUCUCUCAAGCUAAAGCUUGGUGCUUAAUCGGUGCUUAUUGCAGCGAGGCCAUCCACUUAACCUGCGGCGGGGAAGUCAACGAAACGAUUGCUGCCAAUCCCAUCGAGAAUGGCGCUUGGGGCUGCAAAGAUACUGUGACUGGGAACAAGAUCAAAUGCGAACCUUCUUGCGAAAAGGGUUUUAAACCAAAUUGGACUGUUCGUCCAAAGAAGGACUCGCCUAGUUUCGUUACUAAUUGCAACAAGAUUUCUAGCUCCACAAAAAAUCUUUCCGGAGCCGUCCUAAAAUGUGAAGAAAAAGGCCAUCAAAAUCGAUGCGUCAAGGCUGCUACAACGCCCAUCGCUAAUGGUGUCCUUUCCCCGCGAAAAAUCGUCGAUCAGGAGCGAGCCUACUACGAUGUCGUCUGCAAGGAUCAAACAGUCAAGGGGAUUAUUCAUUGCCAGAACGGAAAAUUCAGAAAGCCCGGAUGGUCAAGCGACUGGAAGAAUUCUUGCGCCGGAAACAACAUGCUCGAGAGCGGCUCCUGGUGGGGCUGUGCCACUUCCAUCGCUGAAUGUGUCGCUGCCUUCGAGACUGUUACUCCGUGUCUUAAUGCGCUAGCAACUUGCGCUGGUGUUCUCUCCGACGAAUGUGAAACGAAAAUUAAAACAUGCACAGAAGACCCUUCUAUCGAAAACUGUGUCAGCGCACUGACAAGCUGCAACCCAUUUUAA